AUAAAAAACCCAAGAGUUUUUUUUGAUAUUGUAAUAGGAGAUGAAAAGAUCGGAAGAAUAAUAUUUAAAUUAUACAAACAUAUUUGUCCAAGAACAGCAGAAAAUUUUAGAUGUCUUUGCACUGGAGAAAAAGGUAUCGGAGUGGAAACUAAAAAACCAUUACAUUUUAAAGGAAGUAUUUUCCAUCGGGUGGUACCUGAAUUUAUUAUUCAAGGUGGAGAUUUUUCUGAUUUUAAUGGACGAGGAGGAGAAUCAAUUUAUGGUGGAAUGAUGGAAGAUGAAAACUUUAUUUUGAAGCAUUCUCGGGCUGGAUUACUUUCUGCUGCGAACGCUGGUCCAAAUACUGUAGGAUCUCAAUUCUUCAUUACAAUGUCAUCUGAAUUGGAUUAUUUGGAUAACAAGCAUGUUGUUUUUGGAAGGGUUAUUGAAGGAAUGAAUAUUAUAAAACAGAUUGAAAAGGUCAAAGUCAAUGAAGAUAAUACACCACUUGAAGAGAUAGUCAUUAUUAAUUGUGGAGAGUUG